GCAGAAAAAGGAAGAGCACCAGAAGCAAGAGGAAGAAAUAUUCCUACUUCCUACCACCUAUUGGAUCUCUCUGAUCUACUACUGUUCUUCCCUUCCCUUCGUGAAUUCAAAUCCCAUCUGAGACCUUGAACUGGUCAGAUUCGGCUUGUUUGAUUUCUGGGUCUGCUCGUUUCAGAUCUGAAUUGCCGCAGCCAGCCUCGAAUUCGGCUUCUGCAAUCUGGGCUAUGCGCAUUCACUGAAUUCAGUCAGUUUCAAGAAUUUUUGUGUUUGGUUGAAGGCGGUUGGCGUCGAAUCGAAGUGUUUGGGGGCAAAGUUUGUGGCUUUGGUUACAAUUUGGUUCAGUAAGUCGGGAAUUGAAGAUUUGCGGUGCCUUUCUUCGGCUAGCGAAUUGAGGAAUUAGAGCCUGUUGGAGCUGCUGAUUAGCUACCGGCACAUGGAUCGUGAAGGGUCCUUGGUCGGAAGUUGAUUCAGUCUAUCGCCUUGCCAUUUAACAGGGAUUAUUCCAUAGUUGUCAGGAAUAGUCGAGUUUUUCAGGUAAUCUUUGUUUAUCCAAUUAGGGAACCAAUCCAUACUAUAACUUCCUCCAGAGGGUCUUCCCUGAAUUGGAAAGACAGAGACGUCCGCAGCCAUGUUCUAUGGAGCAGUGGUUUGGGACCCUUGGCUUAUUGUUGCCCAGAUUGUUACCCUUCAGUGCCUAUACUAUCUCACCCUUGGAAUGUUUUUGUCACUUCUUGUUGGGACUCGUGUUUCUCGAAUGAGUCUCGUGUAUUUCUUCGACUUUGCCACUGUUAGUGUUGCUACGGUAACCGGCUGGUGUGUAAUUGCCUCGUGUAUGCUCGCAGCUCUUGUGGGAGCUGUGUUCAUGCUUUACUUGAUUGAGAGGGCAAAGAAAUGUCCGGACUUUUCAGCCACUCUCUAUAUCAUUCAUCUCCUAUUGUGCAUCCUGUAUGGAGGUUUUCCUUCCUCUAUGACAUGGUGGGUCGUGAACGGUACUGGACUUGCUGUAAUGGCCCUGCUGGGUGAAUAUCUCUGCAUCAGACGCGAACUUCGGGAAAUUCCAAUAACACGGUACCGUUCAAAUGUUUGACUUCUAGGAAAUCAGCGAAAGUCACGCUGUCGCCUCACUUAUUCCGUUUGUACUGGAGCUUCUAUGUGCAGUCUCGCAGUACCAAAUUUCAUGCAAAAGCUGCUUCCAGUUGUGAGUUAUACUAUCUACAGGGAUUGAAUGGCAGAAAAACGAUGGUAUCCGGGAAUCAUAAUCUGCCAAUAGGGUUAGAAAAAUUAGUGCAUUGGUCAAGUGCUUCACGGUACUUUCUGUAUGUGAACCAUGGGUGAUUCUGGGGAGGGCAAUGAUGCUUUAGGAAGUAGGGUCUCUAUUAUUUGGAUGAGAUGUGAACUGAGUUUAUUUUGCUGCUAUGCAAUUCAAAUGUAGUAAAUUCGAGAUUCAAGUCUGGCCCUAUCUGAUUCAGUGAUGUAAUCACAUGCUUGUUGAUUGAAGUCGGCUGUACUCUUAUCUUU